CUUCCCACGGGGUCCCUCUUCUUCCUGCGGGUGAUGCACGGGAAAAAGGAGCAAGAUGGAGGCGUCUACUGGUGCGUCGCGAAGAACCAGGCUGGGAGCGUGACCAGCAGGAACGCCACCCUCACCGUUGCAGUGCUUCGAGACGAGUUUCGAGCAGAACCUCAGAACACGAGAGUAGCUGCCGGUGAGACCGCUCUUCUGGAGUGUGGACCACCCCGGGGUCAUCCGGAGCCAACCCUUCAAUGGAAGAAGAACGGACACGUGAUUGAGCUGGACGCCAAUAAACGGAUCACUCUGGUGGACGGAGGCAAUCUGAUGAUAUCGGACGUCAGGCAGACGGAUCAAGGAAAGUACCAAUGCGUCGCCCAAAACAUGGUCGGCGUCAGAGAAAGCGCAGUGGCGACGUUGACGGUUCACGUGAAACCAUACUUCAUGGCGAUGCCGUCGAACCAGACGAUCCGCACGGAGGAGACGGCGGAAUUCGCAUGUCGGGUCGGCGGUGAUCCGCCACCGGAAAUUUUGUGGCGGCGGAAUGACGGGAAGAUGCCGGUGGGUCGAGCUCACAUCAUGGAUGACAAGAGUCUGAGGAUCGACAGGGUAAUGACUCAGGACCAGGGCACGUACAUCUGCGAUGCCGCAAACGGCGUGGGGACCAUUUCUGCCAGUGCCACUCUGACGGUUCAUUCACGUCCUGUCUUCGCACAUUUCCCCAAAGACGAGGCGGUCAGCACAGGGUCGGACGUCUCCUUCGCCUGCGCCGCUCGUGGGGCACCGAAGCCAUUAAUGUACUGGACGAGAGAAGGCGCCCAGGAAAUGAUGCUUCGUGGAAACGUGUACCAAGGUCGCUACACGGUGAAAGAAGACGGGAGUCUGCACGUCAAGGAGGUGCACCGGAAGGACGAGGGUCACCUGGCCUGCAGCGCGGUCAGCGAAGCAGGAUCGAGCAUCGCCAGGGUGUUCCUUCAGGUGAUCUCGGUGGAAGAGGUGCCUCCACCGAUCAUAGAGCUGGGACCAGCAAACCAGACUCUUCCUCUGAAGAGCAUGGCCAGCUUCCCUUGUCGAGCCGUGGGGACUCCCAUGCCUCGGGUGCAGUGGCACAAAGACGGUGUUCUGAUCCAAUUGGGAGGCCGCAUCACAAUGGCGAACAAUGGAACGCUCUUCAUCGAUGAUCUACAGAAUGGCGACUCGGGACUCUACACUUGCAUAGCGUCCUCAGAGUCUGGGAACACCUCGUGGUCGGCAACCCUUAGCGUCAGCUCGACCACGACGUUCCAUCGUACUCCGGAUAUGUCGGCUCUACCACAGAAUCCCAGUAAACCGAGGAUCGUCAAUACGACCAGCAAUACCGUGACUUUGACGUGGAGUCCGGGACACGAGGGCCAGAGCAAGAUCAUUGGGUACAACAUCGAGUACUUCAGCAGCAACUUGAACACUGGUUGGGUCGUCGCUGCUACCGGAGUGACCGAGGACACGUAUACGGUAAUCGACUUAAGGCCGGACACGAAUUACGUUUUCCUGGUCAGAGCGGAGAACGGUCAUGGAUUGUCCCUUCCGGGUCCUUUGUCGGAUGUUGCGCACACCACUAGCGUAAAUCAACACUCCAUUCCACAGGUUGAGCUGAUCCGUGCUAGAGAUCGACUGAGCGGUGAAAUACUGCACCUGAGAGAAGUGCAACCACUGAGCAGUACCAGUGUGAAGAUCAUGUGGGACAUCCUAGGAGCAGCGGAUUUAGUGGAUGGCUUGUACAUCCGAUAUCGCGACGUAUCGGAGAAACCGGAGUACCAAAUGAUCACCGUCCUCAACGCUGGAGCCACCAGUUACGUUUUGACAAACUUGAAGAAAUACAGUCGCUACGAAUUUUUCCUCGUUCCGUUUUACAAAACCAUCGAGGGGAGGCCGAGCAACAUGAAAAUUGCGACCACGCUGGAAGACGUUCCAUCGGGAGCGCCAGGAAACGUCCACGUUGGGAUGAUCAAUAUGACAUCGGCGUUCGUACGAUGGGCACCACCUCCCAAACACGAGCAGAAUGGACAAUUGGUUGGAUACAAGAUCCAGAUAAAGAGCAACAGCAGCAACAAGAUCCUGGGGCAAAUGUCGCUGAACGCAUCCACGACGUCCGUGAUCAUCAACAGCUUGACCACCGGUGGUCUUUAUACGGCUAGAGUCGCUGGAUUGACUCGUGCCGGUCUUGGUCCAUUUUCGUCACCAACUUUGCUGAACAUGGACCCUGGUCAACUUACGCAAUUGCCUCCUAGAACGGAUCCAAGUCACGGGGGGAUUUCCGUGGUUCGAGAGACCUGGUUCCUGAUCCUGAUGAUCACGAUGGUGUUCACCGUGGUCGCUGCCCUCCUAGGAGCACUCUACGUCCGCCGGAGACAGGCGAUGAGCAAGCAAUUGGGGCACCUGAACGUCCCCGUGGGAACGGCCAACGAUAUCUGCCAGCUGAACAAAGACACCCUGUGGCUGGAACGUGGAUGGCGGCCCACGAACACGCUUCAAGGUUCAACCGACAAAGACUGCGAAACGAAGUUGUUGAACAACCAGCAGAUGAUCGCCCCCGGCAUCGUCAGCAUGGCUGGGUCCGAAUAUGCCGAGGUCAACUUGACUACCUUCUACAAUGCCAGGAAGCAACUGCAAGCUCCUCCCGAGCCAUAUGCAACGACCACGUUGUGCGUAGGCAACCGAAGUCCCGACUCCAUGGAGACGAGUGGGCAGAAAUCCAACUCCAGCGACUCCUGCGUGAAGCCCGAUUACUCGAGCUUGGACUCGAAUCAGGACCACAACAAGUCGACGAUGUCGCCGAGCAGCGACAACGCGAGCAGCGUGUACACCGACGAGAACAUGGAGAUCCAGAGAAGACCCCAGUACAGGAUCCCACCCACAGAGACCCAACAGCAGAACUUGCCGAAUUGGUGUGACAUGCUGCCACCUCCACCGGAGCAUCCUCCCCCUCCGGGGACAUCCUUAGUGGCCAGGGUGCAGCAACAGGCUGCUGCCUUCAGCCCCCAUCUAGGAAAGAGGAACGCGCAGAACGAUUUGGACGGUUCGGCGUCGGGGAACUCUCAGAGCCCACCUACCCCUCCGGUCAGAGUGGGCAACAGCUUCUCGUCGUCGCCAACUCCGUGGACCGGGCCGACGCAGCUAGAUCCCGCAAACCAUGGAAACAUGCCCCAAGGAAGAUACACCACCCUCCCGCCCCAGACUAACCCCCCUCCGGUGCCGUCCUUCCCGCAAGGAUUCAACCACUACGACUUCAAGACCCAGGAGAACGAGUACGAGAGCGGGUCCGUAAUCUACGGCCACCAGAACGGACUGACGGAGGAGCAGUACAGGAACCACGACAGCUUCAACCGCGUGAACCACCCGAAUUCUCACAUGGACCACACGACCCUGAACGACGAGGUCUACCGCCACAACGAGGAGAUGUUCCGGAACGACGCCCUCUACCAACCCGAGAACGAGGAGUGGGACCGGAAGUCCUGCGACUCCAACACCCACUCCGACAUGUGUUGUUCCUGCUCGGAGUCCAGUUGCCUGUACGCCGACACGAUGGAAUAUAACAACCACUUCGCGCCGGGGUGCACGCACAACAGGGGCGGUUCCAGGAGCAGGAACAAUCGCAGUCCUCGCAGGAGGAACAACAGGACCUCCUCCCCUACCUACAGCAGCGACAGCAACUACUCGUGCAUUCCUCAGAGACAAUGCGGUCCAGCAAACUCUCAGGAAAGACUGAGGCACAACCGCAGCAAAGACAAAGUGCCUAGUUUCCCAAGGACUGGGGCCUACCCUCAGCACAACUCCUCGGCGUCGAAUACCAUGAGCAGUUCGGGAAGCCAGAGAUACAAUAAGCUCAACAGCGUCUUCUUGAGCGGCAACAAUCCAAACCCCACUUCGGAGUCCAGCCGACUGAGCGAUCAUCGCGAAAGCUAAAGGUUUCUGGGAGGAACCAAGGGUUUACGGAAGGCCUUCGAUCGCAACGAGUGCAGGACUUGCCCCAGGUCGCUCCUCGUGGAAGCUUCUAAAAGGACGCUCCUCGUCGAGAAGAGAAACUGUACGAUGAAC